AAGUGGCGGGGCGGCUAUGGCGGCGCUCCGCUCCGGCCCGAAGGCCCUACGGUCGCCUCUGUGCCGCGGCUUCGCGGGCGGCGGCUCCCGGCUCGCUCCGGAGCGCAGGGCCGAGCGGAGGGACGCGGCGCCCGGCGGGGCCUCAAGAUUCUGCCCUCCAAGAAAAUCUCGCCAUGAUUGGAUCGGACCCCCAGAUAAACAUUCCAACCUCCGCCCUGUUCACUUCUACAUCCCUGAAAAUGAAUCAUCAUUGGAACAAAAGCUCAGGGAACUGAGACAGGAAACACAAGCAUGGAACCAGCAGUUCUGGGCAAACCAGAAUUUGAGUUUUAGUAAGGAGAAGGAAGCCUUCAUCCAAGCAAGACUGCAAGCCCGAGGCCUGGGCCUGGGGGCAGAAUCAGGUCCAAAAGCAACGCUGAGUGCAGAAGACAUGGCUGACUUUUACAAGGAAUUUCUCAGUAAAAAUUUUCAGAAGCACAUGUGUUACAACAGAGACUGGUACAAGCGUAAUUUUGCCAUCACCUUCAUCAUGGGCAGAGUGGCCCUGCAGAGGAUUUGGAACAAGCUGAGACAGAAGCCAAAGCGGACGAGCUGUUAGCCUGCCCUGGCCCCAGCGUGACCUGCCCAGCUGGCUGCCCCUCGGGAGGGCCUGUGGCUGACCGGGUCACCCACGUCUCAGGGCAGGGCC